AUCCCCGCCCCACGCUUUCCUCGAAAACUCUCUUUUUUUCCCCUUGUGCGUAGUGAAAAAAACGACAGCCACACGCAAUCUCAAGAUUCAUCAAAAUAGUUUGAAAAAUAGCAAACAAAUAGUUUCCUGUUUUGGAUUCUGCCCUCAUUGAAUUUGCCUCAGUAAAGUUCUUUACUACAUAUUUUAUGUGCUUAUACACAGCUUUGAAUGUUUGGGAACUGGUUUGUAGCUUGAAGCUUUUAGGGGGACUAAGAGUAGGCUCUUGGUCCCCUGCAAUUAUGUCAAAUAUCAAGUGAAGACUCAUAAUAUGGAGAUAAUGCAUGCUAAGAUUCAUAGCCCCUUUCUUGGGCUUCCGCUUCAAUGCGACCUUAACAGAAGGAAAAGCCGAAAUUAUAUUAGUGGAGUAAGAUCAUCAAGAAGAGGUGUUUACAAGUGUAGGUGUUUAAAGAAAGGAGACUGGAUAACUCAAGGGGUCAAAUUUACACAUUCUUGUGGCAGAAACGUGGAGCUAUUAUGGAAGAGUUUUGCACUGAGAAGUGGCACAUUAAUGUGCUCCGUGAGAGAGCCAUUAGCUCGAAGUAAAGGCUUGGUGAAGUCACUAGUUCCAGUUUGGGAAGAAGGGUUAUUCUUUGUCCGAUGUUCAAUCUUUGGUGCUGUAAUAUCUGGGGUGUGUUUACUUCUCUGGUAUGGCCAGUUGAAAGCAAAGAGUUACAUUGAAGCAAAGCUUUUGCCUUCUGUUUGUGCAUUAUUGAGUGAAUAUGUUCAGCGCGAACUUGAUUUUGGUAGGGUUCGAAGUAUAUCACCUUUAAGUAUUACAUUAGAGUCAUGCUCUUUUGGUCCUCAUAGUGAAGAGUUCUCCUGUGGUGAACUACCAACUGUUAAGCUGCGAAUUCGUCCUUUUUCGAGUCUGAGUAGGGGAAAGAUUGUGGUUGAUGCGGUCUUGUCCAAUCCAAGUAUUCUGGUAGUGCAAAAGCAAAACUAUACAUGGCUUGGACUGCCCUUUUCUGAAGGCAGUCCGCUGAGCCGUUUGUCAGAUGAGGAAGGUAUUGAUUUGCGGACAAAAAUUAGGAGGAUUGCCAGAGAGGAAGCAGCUACUCGCUGGGCCAGGGAGAGAGAUGUUGCAGCAAGGGAGGCAGUUGAGAAGGGUUAUCUUCUUCCUGAAGGAAAUUCUUUUCUAUUAGAUGAUGACUUCUCAAAGAACGUUGCAACUACUCUUGCGAGGAUAGUAACGUCAGAGUCCUUCUUUUGUAUGGAUGAGAAACUGCACUGGAGAGAUCAGCAUCACAUGGAUGCAGGAGGGGAGUAUGAUUUGAAGCACGCAGAUUUAGAGAAAACAUUUGGUGCUAAAGUUCCACCUUCUGGGACUAGGUUUUGGUCUAAAAUCAUACCAGACGCGCUAAGACAACGAUUCAAGAAGGCUAAUGGGAGAGAUUUAUCUGCUGCUGGUAUUGCAGCUAGAAGAAGAAUUCUUGAGCGUAGUGCAUCAGCAGCCUGUUUGUAUUUCAAGGGUCCAUCAAAUGCAAAUCUUGGUGUCUGUUGUCCGCCAUAUGAGGCUUAUGAUGUUGCAAAUCCUGCAAUUUUUCCUGUCAAAAGCGAGGGUGAUACUUCACCCUCUGUUUCUUCACCAACAAUAUCUGAAGAAGUUGUAAACCCUGUAGAUAAUUCUGAGGGGAACUUAUUUACCAGCAAUGCAAAACGUAACGUGUUCGAUUGUGGUUCUUCAAGUGAAGGAAUUCCUGACAAAGUAGAAACAUGCCAGCUUGAUCUUACGUGUCAGAAAAUGUUGGGAACAUAUCCUUUGCCUGUAGAGAAAUGCGGUAGUGAUUGCAUUGAUGGUUUAGCUGUUCUACGUGAUCCAUUUCUUCUUACUUUGGUUAGACUUUGUAAAGCUUUGAGUGUCAGUGAAAAAUUAUCUUCCACCAACAUGGGAGAUAGAACAGCUGACGGGCCCGGAGAAAGUAGUGAAGAAAUUGCAGCUGAUAUCAUAAAUAGGGGUGCCAAUAGCAGAGAUGAUUCACAUCGAUUUGAGGAGCAGGUACAACAGUCUCAUUGGGGGACUUCAGAUAUUCGACAAGGCAAUGCCUCUAGUGGUUCUGGAUUUACAGUGCUUGAGCCAUUACCUCUGCAGCAUCCAUCAAAAACUCUACAGUCCUGGAGCCCAAAGUCAGCUUUGUAUUCUUUUGUGAAGAAUCUAGGUCAGCUCGGGGCUAAUUCAAUUGUAAAGCCUAUGGAAAGGCUGAAGUUUGAGAUGAGUCCAAGAGUGGAGGAUAUUGUUGCUGAACUUGUUGAUGGGGAUGACGGAAAACAUGCCUCUAGUGUUGAAAAGAUGGUUCCAGUAAUUCUGGAUUCUGUACAUUUCAGUGGGGGCUCAUUGAUGCUGCUUGCCUAUGGUGAUACAGAGCCAAGAGAGAUGGAAAAUGUCACGGGGCAUGUCAAGUUUCAAAACCACUAUGGACGGGUGCAUGUACAACUAAAUGGUAAUUGUAAGAUGUGGCGUUCGGACAUCAGAUCCGACAAUGGUGGCUGGUUAUCAACAGAUGUUUAUGUUGAUAUGACUGAGCAGAAAUGGCAUGCGAAUUUGAAGAUUGUGAACCUCUUUGUUCCGCUUUUCGAGAGAAUUUUGGAAAUUCCUAUCACAUGGUCCAAAGGAAGAGCUAGUGGCGAGGUGCACAUGUGCAUGGAUAAGGGGGAAAGUUUUCCAAAUCUUCAUGGGCAGCUUGAUGUCACAGGGUUGGCAUUUCAAAUAUAUGAUGCUCCUUCUGGGUUUUGGGACAUGUCUGCCAGUUUAUGUUUUCGUGCUCAACGUAUAUUCUUGCAUAAUACUAGUGGUUGGUUUGGUGAUGUUCCUUUAGAAGCUUCUGGAGAUUUUGGCAUCAAUCCAGAGGAAGGAGAAUUCCAUCUCAUGUGUCAGGUUCCAUCUGUUGAAGUGAAUGCCUUAAUGAAAACAUUCAAGAUGAAGCCUCUAUUGUUUCCGUUGGCUGGUUCAGUUACAGCUGUAUUCAACUGUCAAGGUCCCUUGGACAUUCCCGUAUUCGUGGGGAGUGCAUUGGUGUCAAGGAAGAUAGCCAAUUUGGCCAAUGAAUUUCCUAAAUCUGCCGCAUAUGAAGCUGUGAUUAGUAAUAAGGAGGCUGGUGCAGUGGCAGCAAUUGAUCGUGUUCCAUUUUCCUACAUUUCAGCCAACUUCACUUUCAACACGGACAACUGUGUGGCUGACUUGUAUGGCAUUAGAGCUAGCCUUACUGAUGGCGGUGAAAUUCGUGGUGCAGGAAAUGCGUGGAUUUGCCCUGAGGGAGAGGUUGAUGACACGGCAAUGGAUGUGAACUUCUCUGGUAAUUUAAGCUUUGAUAAGACCAUGGAUCGCUAUCUACCUGGUUUCCUUCAGCUGAUGCCUCUUAAGUUGGGUCAUUUAAAUGGAGAUACGAAGAUUUCUGGGUCUUUAUUGAAACCACGGUUUGAUAUCAAAUGGACGGCGCCCAAAGCUGAAGGAUCACUCACAGAUGCUCGUGGAGAUAUCAUAAUUUCACCUGAUCACAUAACUGUUAAUUCUUCAUCAGUUGCUUUUGACUUGUAUUCAAAAGUUCUGACCUCCUAUCGUGAUGAUUACUGUUUAAACCUGAGAGAUUAUCACGAGAAUGCUCCCCUGCCCUUUACUGUGGAAGGAGUUGAACUGGAUUUGAGAAUGCGCAGUUUUGAAUUUUUCAGUUCAGUCUCUUCAUAUGCUUUGGAUUCUCCAAAACCUGUUCACCUGAAAGCAACUGGAAGGAUUAAGUUUCAAGGAAAGGUUGUUAAAGCUUCCAGCAUUGCUGACCAGCAUUUUGUGCAUUCUGAAAAGAGAUCAGAAGAUGUGCCAGUUGAAUGUAAUGACGCUACAGAUACUCUUUCUGGUGAAGUUUCAAUCUCUGGACUCAAACUCAAUCAAUUGAUGCUGGCACCUCAGAUGGCUGGAGCAUUGAGCAUCACACAGCAGGGUCUUAAGUUGGAUGCCAUGGGUAGACCAGAUGAAAGUCUAAAUCUGGAGGUCAGAGGACCAUUUCAUCCUCUUUCUGAAGAGAAUAUGAUUGGAAAAAUGUUCUCAUUUUCCUUCCAGAAGGGACACUUAAAAGCUAACAUGUGCUAUCUGCCACUGCACUCAGCUAAUCUAGAGGUGCGACAUUUGCCUUUGGAUGAAUUGGAGCUGGCUUCGCUUCGUGGAACGAUUCAAAGGGCAGAAAUCCAACUCAACUUUCAGAAAAGAAGAGGUCAUGGGGAGUUGUCAGUACUCCGGCCAAAAUUCAGCGGCUUGUUGGGUGAAGCUCUAGAUGUUGCUGCUAGAUGGAGUGGAGAUGUUAUCACCAUUGAGAAGUCCAUUUUGGAGCAAAGCAAUAGUAAAUAUGAGCUUCAAGGUGAAUAUGUACUGCCAGGCACACGAGAUCGGAUGCCAUCUGGCCAGGAGAGAGGUAAUUUGUUUCACCGAGCAAUGACUGGACAUCUGGGUAGCGUUAUAUCCUCCAUGGGUAGAUGGAGAAUGAGGCUUGAGGUUCCAAAAGCUGAGAUUGCUGAGAUGCUUCCGCUUGCAAGGCUUCUCUCUCGAAGUUCUGACCCUGCUGUUCAAUCAAGGUCAAAGGACCUCUUCAUCCAAAGUUUGCAUUCAAUCGGAUUGUAUACUGAAAGCCUCCAGAAGCUGCUCGAGGAAAUUCGGGGUCAUUCUACUCUCUCAGAUGAAGUUAUCCUUGAAGAGUUCAAUCUUCCUGGUUUAGCUGAACUUAAGGGUCACUGGAGUGGCUCAUUAGACGCAAGUGGUGGAGGAAACGGAGACACAAUGGCCGAGUUCGACUUUCAUGGGGAGGAAUGGGAAUGGGGUGCUUAUAAGACUCAGCGUGUUCUGGCAGCUGGUGCAUACAGCAAUGAUGAUGGUUUGCGUCUUGAGAGAAUCUUUAUUCAAAAGGAUAAUGCCACGAUACAUGCAGAUGGAACUCUCUUUGGAGCAAAGACUAACCUACAUUUUGCUGUUCUAAACUUUCCUGUUAGUUUAGUUCCUACAUUGGUUCAGGUUAUUGAAUCAACGGCCACUGAAGCAGUUCAUUCUUUGCGGCAAUUUCUGUCUCCAAUAAGAGGCAUAUUGCAUAUGGAAGGUGAUCUUAGAGGAAAUCUUGCUAAACCAGAAUGUGAUGUACAAGUAAGGCUCCUAGAUGGUGCCAUUGGGGGUAUUGAGCUUGGUCGAGCUGAAAUUGUUGCUUCACUAACCCCAACCAGCCGUUUUCUGUUCAAUGCAAAAUUUGAACCAAUCAUCCAAAAUGGUCAUGUACACGUUCAAGGAAGUGUUCCUGUGACCUUUGUCCAAAAUAAUGUUCUGGAGGAAGAUAAUUCAGAAAGGGACAAAAGUGAAGCAUCGUGGGUUCGGAGUUGGGGUGCGGAGAAGAGCAAAGCGCCUGUUGAUGAAGCUAGUGAUAAAAGAAGCUCCAGAGAGAGAAAUGAGGAGGGUUGGGACACUCAGCUAGCUGAAAACCUUAAGGGGUUGAACUGGAACCUACUUGAUGCCGGGGAAGUCAGGAUUGAUGCUGAUAUUAAAGACUCUGGCAUGAUGUUGUUGACGGCUUUGUCUCCAUAUGCAAACUGGCUCCAUGGAAAUGCUGAAGUUGUGCUUCAGGUUAGAGGUACCGUUGAACAACCGGUACUCGAUGGAUCUGCAUCUUUCCAUAGGGCGACUGUAUCUUCACCUGUAUUUCGUAAACCUCUGACCAACUUUGGUGGCUCAGUUCUAGUGAACUCAAAUAGACUAAGUAUUAGUUCAUUGGAAGGUAGGGUAAGCAGAAAAGGAAAACUUUCCGUGAAGGGAAAUUUGCCACUCAGAACAGUUGAGGCAUCUGAUUGUGAUAAAAUUGAUUUGAAAUGUGAAGUUCUGGAAGUACGAGCUAAGAAUAUCUUGAGCGGGCAAGUUGAUACUCAAUUGCAAAUAAGUGGGUCCAUAUUGCAACCAAACAUUUCCGGGAAGAUGAAGCUGAGUCAUGGUGAAGCAUACCUGCCACACGACAAGGGUAGUGGAACAGCUCCUUUCAAUAGAGAGACAUCCGAUCAAUCAAGACUUCCAGCCGGAGGUUACAAUCGUAUAGUUGCAUCAAAGUAUGUUUCGCGCUUCCUCAGUUUAAAGCCUGCUGCUUCAAGCAUUCAGUUCAAUCAAUCUUCAGGUAAAGAUGCUGAAGAUAUUAAGGAAAGCGUCCAAGUAGAGAGCAAACCCAAGCUGGAUAUCCGCCUCAGUGACCUGAAACUUGUUCUGGGACCAGAACUGAGGAUAGUUUAUCCUUUAAUUCUCAAUUUUGCUGUCAGUGGAGAACUUGAGUUAAAUGGUGUUGCUCAUCCCAAGUGGAUAAAGCCUAAAGGCAUAUUAAUGUUUGAGAAUGGAGAUGUCAAUCUUGUUGCAACACAGGUGAGACUGAAGCGAGAUCAUCUAAACAUAGCCAAAUUUGAGCCUGAUAAUGGACUUGAUCCAACGCUAGACUUGGCUUUGGUUGGAUCAGAGUGGCAAUUCAGGAUACAAAGUCGUGCUAGCAAAUGGCAGGAUAAUUUAGUGGUCACAUCAACGCGUUCUGUGGAGCAAGAUGUCUUGUCACCUACUGAGGCUGCUAGAGUUUUCGAGAGUCAAUUAGCUGAAUCCAUUUUAGAAGGUGAUGGCCAGCUUGCUUUUAAGAAGCUUGCCACUGCAACACUUGAAACAUUGAUGCCAAGAAUAGAGGGGAAAGGAGAGUUUGGGCAGGCCAGAUGGAGGCUAGUUUAUGCACCACAGAUCCCCAACUUGCUUUCUGUUGAUCCCAGUGUUGAUCCUCUAAAGUCUCUGGCCAGCAAUAUUUCAUUUGGUACAGAGGUUGAAGUUCAACUAGGGAAACGCCUCCAGGCCUCUGUAGUAAGGCAGAUGAAGGACUCUGAGAUGGCAAUGCAAUGGACUUUGAUAUAUCAGCUCACAAGCCGGCUCCGGGUGCUUUUACAGUCUACUCCAUCGAAACGUCUUCUAUUCGAAUAUUCAACAACAUCACAAGACUAAGCUUAGGUUUUCAACAUUGUACAUACUUGGAUCUUGUUAUAGGAGCCUAGGAAUCUAGAACAAAUAACUUCACUCACCUUGUCACCCACUAGCAAACUACUAGUAAAGCAGAUUUCAUGCAGCAUCAGAAUGAUGUAAAUUAGUUGUAAAUUCCAUUAUUCUUUGCUCAAAAAAAGGAACAGAUGAGCAUGUUUAUAGGUUGUAAAUUUUACUUUUGGUUCAAAUAUAUGCAAGAUGACUGUUAUCAUUUUGUUCA